UCAAAUAAUGAAAUUUGAGGAACUCGAAUUUGACUCAAAUACAACAUGUACAGUGUGUGUAUAUAUAUAUAUAUAUAGGGGCACACAACUUGGCUCAAUGGUAUACCAUUCGACUGCUCUCGUGGCUCUCACUGUAAUUGCUGGAGGGAAACAGAGAAAGAAAGUUCGAUUGUGUGUGUGUGUGUGUGUGUCAGUGGUGAGAAACAGAGGGAUUGGUAGUGGGAAGAGAUGGGAAGGCUGUUUGUGAUCACUCUCGAAGGAAGCUUCUAUAGCUGCAAGCACUGCCGAACACACCUUGCCCUUUCUGAAGAUACUCUUUCCAAGUCUUUCCACUGCAGACAUGGAAAGGCUUAUCUCUUCGACAAAGUCGUGAAUGUCACAGUUGGAGAGAAAGAGGAGCGCAUGAUGAUUACUGGAUUGCACACGGUUGUUGACAUUUUUUGUGUUGGAUGCUGCUCACUUGUGGGAUGGAAAUAUGAGGCUGCACAUGAGAAAAACCAGAAGUACAAGGAGGGGAAAUUCAUCCUUGAGAGGUUUAAGAUGUUGGGUCCUGAUGGAAGCAACUACUUGUCAAGUCAGGAAGCUCAAGCUGUUGGAAGCGAUGCUGAUGAUGCCUGAUUAGCCAUUCACUAUUAAAGUAAAUCUUUUUUUGUUGUACAUUCUCUGCCCCCCAUGUUCUUGUUUUGAUUCUGCUGCUAUCUUGGUUCAGAAUUGGUAUUUGUCUCCGCUUUCGUAGACCAGUUUUGCAGAUAGUAUUAGAACACAAUGCCGUUUCUCUAAUUUAAAUUUUAGUUAGUAUUAUUAUUAUUUUUUAAUAGCGUGCAUAUAAUGCAGGAACACAGGUUUUCUAUUGAUUCACAAGAAAGUUAUUUAGUUAAAUCUCA